CUUGUGGGUGUGAUGCUGAGAAGAUCUCCUGCUCGCCGAGCGGAGACGCGCAGUGUGCCUGUGCGUUAGAGGAGGUAUCAGCUGGCGGCAGGAGGGGAGCGACGAGGAGGAGCGGAAGAAGAAACGGCAAACCUACGUUGCAGGCGACCAUUCCUUCACUGCCGGUGUCCUUUCACUGCUAGCCACCUGCAGAAAACGGUCCUUUCCUAUUUUUUUUUCUCCCCAAGACUGAAGGUGUCCAAUAUGUCUGGGAUCUAAUAUCUCUGGAGAAACAGAGGAAUAUCAGAAUACCUUAGUGGAUGUGGACAACUAAACUGUCGACAUGGAAAUGAUAGUGAAUUUAUUCGUUUCACUUCUCCUGGUUUUAUGGGGAUGCGCGCUUGGAGGCUCGCCCAGUGUUCAGAUUGGGGGACUUUUUCCAAGGGGCGCGGAUCAAGAAUACAGCGCGUUUCGGAUAGGAAUGGUUCAGUUUGGCACCUCGGAAUUCAGACUGACGCCUCAUAUUGACAAUUUGGAAGUGGCAAACAGUUUCGCUGUUACCAAUUGUUUCUGUUCACAGUUCUCUAGAGGAGUGUAUGCCAUUUUUGGAUUCUAUGACAAGAAGUCUGUAAACACCAUCACCUCGUUUUGUGGGACGCUACAUGUCUCCUUCAUUACACCCAGCUUCCCUCUGGAUGGAAGUCAUCAGUUCAUUAUCCAGAUGCGACCAGAUAUCAAGGGCCCCCUUCUCAGCCUUAUUGAGUACUACAAGUGGGACAAGUUUGCCUAUCUCUACGACAGCGAUCGAGGCCUGACAACACUGCAAAUUGUUCUGGACACCGCAGCAGAGAAAAAGUGGCAGGUAACUGCCAUUAAUGUGGGAAACCUUAAAGAUGAGAGAAAGGAUGAGGCCUACCGCUCACUGUUCCAAGAUCUGGAGAACAAAAAAGAGAGGAGGGUGAUACUGGACUGUGAACAGGAUAAAGUGAAGGACAUUAUGGAACAGGUCAUCACAAUUGGCAGACAUGUUAAAGGCUACCACUACAUUAUAGCCAAUCUGGGUUUCAUUGAUGGAGACCUGUCCAAAAUUCAGUAUGGUGGAGCAAAUGUUUCAGGCUUUCAGAUUGUUGAUUUUGAUGAUCCCUUGGUUUCCAAAUUUGAUCAGCGAUGGGAGGCACUAGAAGAAAAAGAAUAUCCUGGAGCCGACAGCAAAAUAAGGUAUACAUCUGCGCUGACCUAUGACGCCGUUCAGGUGAUGACAGAAGCUUUUCGAUACCUUCAUAAACAACGCAUUGACUUUACCAGGAGGGCCAACACUGGUGACUGCUUGGCUAAUCCUGCUGUGCCAUGGGCUCAGGGUGUGGAGAUUGAGCGAGCACUGAAACAGGUUCGAGUGGAAGGACUGACAGGAAACAUCCAAUUUGACCAGCAUGGCAAGAGAGUCAAUUACUCAGUGAAUAUAAUGGAAUUAAAGAGUAAUGGUCCUGUAAAAAUUGGAUACUGGAAUGAAAUGGAUAAAAUGGCUGUCACCAAAUCAGAUGUCUUUACAAAUGACACAACAGGAAUGGAAAACAAGACCGUUAUUGUGACCACCAUUUUGGAAGCUCCGUAUGUAAUGCUGAAAAAGAACGCUGACCUUUUUGUAGACAAUGAGCGCUACGAGGGUUACUGUGUAGAUCUUGCUGCUGAGAUAGCGAAGCACUGUGGCUUCAAAUAUCAACUGAAAAUAGUGGGGGAUGGAAAAUAUGGAGCAAGAGAUGCAGAGACCAAAAUCUGGAAUGGGAUGGUUGGAGAGUUGGUAUAUGGGAAAGCAGACAUCGCAGUGGCUCCUCUGACCAUCACAUUGGUGCGAGAGGAAGUGAUUGACUUCUCCAAGCCUUUCAUGUCACUGGGCAUUUCCAUCAUGAUCAAGAAGCCUCAGAAAUCCAAGCCUGGAGUUUUCUCUUUCUUGGAUCCACUGGCUUAUGAGAUUUGGAUGUGUAUAGUUUUUGCUUACAUUGGUGUCAGCGUGGUGCUGUUCCUCGUCAGCCGCUUCAGCCCCUACGAGUGGCACACUGAGGAGUAUGAGGACGGGCAGAUCCAGACCAAUGAGUCUACUAAUGAGUUUGGCAUAUUCAACAGCCUGUGGUUCUCCCUUGGAGCCUUUAUGCGACAAGGCUGUGACAUCUCUCCUAGAUCUCUGUCUGGACGCAUCGUUGGUGGCGUGUGGUGGUUUUUCACCUUAAUCAUCAUUUCUUCCUACACUGCUAACCUGGCUGCUUUUCUGACGGUUGAAAGAAUGGUUUCUCCCAUUGAAAGUGCCGAGGACCUGGCUAAACAGACUGAGAUCGCUUAUGGGACUCUGGACUCUGGCUCCACAAAAGAGUUUUUUAGGCGCUCAAAGAUUGCCCUUUUUGACAAAAUGUGGACAUACAUGCGCGGUGCAGAGCCCUCUGUGUUUGUGAAAACCACAGCAGAGGGGGUUCAGAGGGUCCGCAAGUCCAAGGGGAAGUAUGCCUACCUUCUAGAGUCCACCAUGAAUGAGUACAUCGAGCAGCGAAAACCCUGCGACACCAUGAAGGUGGGAGGAAACCUUGACUCCAAGGGCUACGGAAUCGCCACACCGAAAGGAUCCUCAUUAAGAAAUGCGGUUAACCUCGCAGUACUAAAACUGAAUGAGCAAGGCCUGUUGGACAAAUUGAAAAACAAAUGGUGGUACGACAAAGGAGAGUGCGGCAGCGGGGGAGGUGAUUCCAAGGAGAAGACGAGCGCCCUCAGCCUGAGCAACGUGGCUGGGGUCUUCUACAUUCUGGUCGGAGGACUCGGUUUGGCCAUGCUGGUGGCCUUGAUUGAGUUCUGUUACAAGUCCAGAGCCGAGGCGAAACGAAUGAAGAUGACCUUUGGGGAUGCCAUGAGGAAUAAAGCAAGACUUUCCGUCACAGGGAGUACUGGGGAGAAUGGUCGGGUGAUGACUCCAGAGUUUCCUAAAGCUGUCCACGCCGUCCCUUAUGUGAGACCUGACAUGGGACUGAACGUCAGCCUGACAGAUCUGUCCUGAUCAAUGCGAAACUUCUGAGUGCCUUACAAUGGUUUCAAUAGAGCGUUUUAUUUUUUUCUUUGUUUUUCUUUUUUUCUUUUUUGUCCUCGCCUCCUUACUUUUGUUUCGGCUCUUUUAUUUUUGUCUGUGUGGUGAAAAAAGGAAAGAUAAGAGAUGGAGACUUCAUUUUGCCAAUCACAAAGACUUGUAUUGUUGCUCUCUGUCUCUAUUUCUCACCUAAUAAAACGCCUACCUUUGUGGCUGGAAUUCCAUCUCAGAAUCUUAAAGGGUGGCUUUUUUUUUUCUAAACUGAUGACACCAUGCUUUCCUGUCUAUCUGUUUGGACUGGACUGAGAUGGAAAAGAGGGCUUGAUUGAUGGCAAUGACUGCUUCUAGGAGUCAGAGAUUUAGUCAUCUCAACUGUGUUUAUGUGUGUCUGAAAAGUGAGGGGGUGUGUUCAUCAGGGGAAGAUGUCGUCAAAAACACACCGUUUCUGUAGCCACCGUCGCAAAACAGGAUUUUCAAGCACACUUGAUUUCAUCUGCAUUAAGAUGUGAAAUCGUCCUUUUUUUUCUAAGAAAAUCUAUUAAAAACGUUUAUUGAAAAAAAUAUUUUUAUGUAUUUUCACAAAAUAGCUUUUAAAUAAACUUGCUUACAUACUGGUUGGAUAAAAACAUCUUCAUGUGUGAGUAUACAGAAAGAAAAAAUACUAAACAGCUUCUAGUUCGAUAUUUUUAAAGCCAAAUACAUUGCAUUAUGAGGGUGAGAUGUUAAAAUCAUGUAAUUAAUUCCUAUUCUGAACUUUCCUGUAUAUUUUAUUCUUUAACAUUUGGUGUUGAUAUGAAAUAUAUGUCAAUGCUUGGCAUUUGGAAUCAAUCCUUCUAUGUUUUUCUUGUUAGACUUGGUGCAGCAAUUCUGCUUUAUUACUUUUGUCUCUUUGUUUGCUUCAGUGCUUUUGCUGUUUGUAUUUUUUCUGAUGAGGACCGGGGUUGUUGUUCUUUCAAGAGGAGAUUAAUAUGUUUACACGCGAUGAAUAAACAAAACAAAAAAAAUAGUAUGGUAUGGUAUUAUUCCAUCACAUUUUAAAGUGACAUCAAAAAGAAGCAUCUACAUUCACAUGGUUUACGUGAUGGUUAAAAUGCCAAAUAAGUAAGAGUGCCAAAUUCUAGUGCCAGUAGAUAAAUAUAGUCUUAAUAUACUCAAUCACUGUCAUCUCAGUGAAUGUAAAUGAUUCUGAUACAUUCUGUAACUUUUGUAACUAGAUGUACAGUUGGUGGCAAUGACUAAUACAAUAGCCUUUCUGCUUUGUUUUCAAGUCUCCAUGUAUUUUGCAUUAAUCAGACAAUGGAGUAGCACAAGUUGCAUGUUGUUGCCGCAAAUACUUCAUACGUUUAUUUCAUUACUGCCAAACAUACAUUUUCAUUUCAAUGUUGAAGUUGUGAGGUUAAAUGUUUGAAAUUGGAAAUACAAUGUAAGACAUAUAUACAAUAUAUACAUAUAAACAUAUAUUUUAUAUAAAAGUUCAAAUAUGACAAAUUGUAUCCCUUAUCAUAAGUACUUGAUUUCCUUUUGCAGUACUUAAUGCUACAUUUAAUUGUUUUAAAGAUACAAUAUUACUUUUUAGUUGUCCAGACUCACCAUAAGUUAGAUACACAGGUUAUGCAGAUGAGCACAUCUAUUUAUAAGAUUUUUUCCCCCCACUUUCAAAUAGAUCUAUAACAAACCCCCUCCUGCACACAGCAGGGAGAUGAACUAUACUAUUAUUAUUACCACUGUUUUUGUUAUCAAGUAUAGAAGCAUACGGUAUACCAUAGUCGCUAAUCAGUUUCAUUGCAUAUUCAGGCUAUUUCACAGACAUUUUGUAUAUGGAAUGUGUGCUAACUUGUUUAUUUUUUGGGACUCUUUCUAAAUAAAAAGUGGCUGAUCUAU